AUGGCCAAAGAGACGACGGUGUCAUUGCCAGCGCCAGAGCUCAAUGCCUAUGUUUCGAGCCCGAGCGGACCGCGAGCCAAGGAGACCACGUUCCGAGAAUGGGUGGUCGAUAACCAAAUUGGAAUCUCGAUGACCAUAUUCUCGAUGCUAUUGGCCCUCCACAAUCUUUACCCUUCGCUGCGACCGUAUACCCAGCCUUUCUUUGAAUUGUCGUACUAUGAUGCUGCCGGCGACUACUACGUUCAGGGCUGGGACGAUGUAUACUUCGUCUUCAGCGUCGUCCUUGCCCUCAACGCGGUCCGUGCAAUUGCGAUGGAUUGGAUUCUCUAUCCCUUUGCUCGAAGCGCCGGAUUGAAGCGAAAGGGAUGCAUUCGUUUCGCCGAGCAGGGCUGGCAGACAAUCUACUAUUCCGGAAUUUGGGCAUUGGGCUUGUACCUUUGGAAGAACUCAUACUAUUGGUGGGACUUCAGCGCACUUUGGGACGAAUGGCCUGCACGACCUUUAUCAGGCCUCAUGAAAUGGUACCUGCUAGUUGAGCUGGGCUUUCUAAUCCAGCAGAUCUUUGUCAUUCAUAUCGAGGAGCAGCGCAAAGAUCACUACCAGAUGCUGUCGCACCACAUUAUCACCAGUGUCCUUUUAAGCUCCGCCUAUGUCUAUGGAUUCUACAACGUCUCUAAUGUGGUGCUGUGUCUGAUGGAUGUCGUGGAUUUCCUUCUUCCGUUUGCCAAGAUCCUCAAGUACCUUGGUUUUAUGAAUGCCUGCAAUGUUGCUUUUGGCGUCUUCAUGGCAACCUGGGUCCUUACGCGACACUACUUGUACAACGUACUGUGGUGGUCGAUUUACCAGAAUGUCCCGGACAGGAUGGCGUACGGUUGCUAUUCUCGAGCGACCGGCGAGCUUAUCAGCGAAGAUGGAUAUCCUCGUUCCUUUGGAUACCUGUUCACGCCUUUCCAGGACUUGAACGGUCCUAUUUUGCAUGAACAGCACGAUCAAGGACUCUCUGUCGUCUGGUUCCGCUUGAUUGCCCGUAUUGCAUACGGUGUGGUCUGUGGUAACGAUGCAGAAGAUGUUCGCAGUGACGAGGAGGACGAGGUUGAAAAUGACGAGGCUGCACCUAAUGCCCCUGUGUUGUUGGCCGCUAAGGAAGGCGUGAGCGUACCUCCCAUUGCCAAUGAUGUCGCUACGGGCCCGGACCACCGCCGGACGAAUGGUUCUGGGUCUGUACGUGCUCGCGGCCGCGGCCGCGGCCGCGUGCCUUUCGAUCAGAGCGACCGGAAAGCACUGCUAGGUCGCAUCGGCUGCGACAAGCCUACCUAA